AUCCAAGAAACGAAUAUAUAAGUAUAGAGAUCACGUCUUAUAUUCCACACAUCCAUCAUCCUCUCAAAUCCUAAAAAAACUUCCAAUUUUAUCGCAACCAAAUCCAUAUAUACUCCAAAAAUUAAGGAAGAGUCAAAAGAUUGUGAUUUUUAUUAAGAUUUGAAGAAUACCCUGUUUCAACUUUCAUGGCGACUGAAGCUUCAAAUAUCAAAUAUGAAGAGGAAUUUAUUGUGAACUCGAAAGGAUUACAGCUUUUUACGUGUAGAUGGCUGCCCGUUGAUACCGAGCCAAAGGCUUUGAUCUUUCUUAACCAUGGCUAUGGCAUGGAAUGCAGUGUCUCCAUGAAAGGGGCUGCAUUAAGGCUUGUGAAGGCAGGAUUUGCAGUUUAUGGUAUAGAUAACCAAGGUCAUGGGAAGUCUUCUGGAAUUCAGGGUUAUAUCCCCUCUUUUGAUGAUCUUGUUACAGAUUGCUCCGAUUAUUUCACAAGCAUUUGUGAAAAGAAAGAAAAUAAAAGAAAAAUGAGGAUAUUGCUUGGAGAAUCUAUGGGAGGAGCAAUGGUUCUCUUGUUACAUAGGAAGAAACCAGAGUACUGGGAUGGUGGAGUCUUGGUUGCACCUAUGUGCAAGAUUGCUGAUGAUAUGAAGCCACCUCAACUGGUGAUUAAAGUGCUAACGAAACUCACAAAAAUAAUCCCAACAUGGAAAAUUGUCCCGGGUCAAGAUAUUGUCGAUGUUGCUUUUAGAGAUCCUGCGAUUAGGGAGGAGGUUCGUAAUAACCCUCUAUGUUAUAAAGGUCGACUUCGUUUACAAACCGCCAACCAACUACUAAAUGUUAGCUUAGACCUUGAAAAGAGGCUCCAAGAGGUCACAUUUCCAUUCUUCGUUGGACAUGGAGAAGCAGACAAGGUGACUGAUCCAACAGUGAGCAAACUUCUAUAUGAAACUGCUUCAAGUUUCGCCAAAAUGUUUAAAUUGUAUCCGGAAAUGUGGCAUUCUCUCACGUACGGGGAGUUCACUGAGAACAUAGAUAUUGUGUUCCAAGACAUAAUAAGUUGGAUUGAUGACAGAAUUUCUAGUGGAAACUCGAGAUUGGAGAGGGAACAAAAGAACGCAAAUGAUGAGUUACACACAAAUACCUCGAGCACAAAGAAGUUGGUUGAUUGAUCGAUCACAAAACUACAUACUUGCAUAUUAUUUUUCUAGAAUCAGGAAUUUACAAAAAAUAUAUACAAGUUUUAUAUCAUGUAGAAUGUUAUUAGACAAAACUGGUUAACGAUAAGUGUAUUCCAAUGAACUUUUGUACCA